AUGGCCAUUGGCUGCCUUACGGUCGAUUUCCGGGAGCAGCUCCGCCGGACUUGGACCAAGCCUGCGCACGACGAACACACAAACGGCGUCAUGAAUGCAAACGAGAACAGCCCGCUCCUGGGCCACUCGUCCGCAGAAGCAGACCGUACCGGCUUCUGGCGGAAUGUUUUCCUCGAUCGGAGACACACUCCCGGCAUCGACAGCCCCAAUCCCCUGGUCAAAUGGCCGGCAAGAGCCUUCAAUGUGACCAAAGUCACGCUCCUGAGUAGCCCUAUCAACAUUCUCCUUGUAUUUGUUCCAAUCGGUAUCUUCGCUGGUGCUCAUGAAUGGGAUCCCACUACCGUCUUCACGCUCAACUUCUUCGCCAUUAUCCCGCUAGCAGCGGUGCUGUCGUUUGCAACGGAAGAGAUAUCGGUGCGCCUGGGAGACACUAUGGGGGGUCUGCUAAACGCUACCUUUGGCAAUGCCGUGGAGCUUAUCGUUAGCAUCGUCGCACUCAAGGCGGGCGAAAUCGAGGUUGUGCAGUCCUCGAUGCUGGGCUCCAUCCUCUCGAACCUACUGCUUGUCUUGGGCAUGUGCUUUUUACUAGGCGGCAUACGGCACAUGCGCGAUGACGAGGGCGCGGGCAUCGAGCAGACCUUCACAACAGCCACCGCCCAGACGACAUGUUCGCUCAUGACACUCUCUUCUGCCUCGCUGGUUAUCCCGGCCGCGCUCUAUGCCGUCCUCGAUCACACCAGCAAUGACCAGGACAAGGAUUCGAGCAUCCUGUUCUUGUCGCGCGGUACUGCCAUCAUCCUGUUGCUGCUAUACGUUCUAUACCUAUACUUCCAGCUUCGUACCCACAAGAACCUGUUCACCCCUGAGGCUCCCCUUCUACUGGAGGAGGAGGAGGAGGAACAAGUGAGCAUGAGCGCGUUCUCGGCUGGCGCAGUUCUUAUUGCUGUUACCGUUGUCGUGGCCAUUUGUGCCGACUACCUUGUCGGCAGCAUUGACGAUAUUGUCCAGAGUCAUCAUAUCAGCAAGAACUUCAUCGGGUUGAUUCUUAUCCCCAUCGUUGGUAACGCUGCCGAACAUGUCACGGCAUGUGUCGUGGCUCUGAGAAACAAGAUGGAUCUGGCCAUGGGUGUCGCUAUUGGCUCCAGCAUACAGAUUGCCCUUCUCGUCACACCUUUCUUGGUCAUCCUUGGCUGGAUCAUCGGCCAACCCAUGACCCUUCACUUCGAGACGUUCGAGACAAUUGCUUUCGCCUUCUCGGUGUUGGUUGUUACAUACAUUGUCCAGGACGGCAAGUCUAACUAUCUCGAGGGAGCAAUGCUGUUGGGCCUCUAUAUGAUCAUUGCUCUCGCAUUCUGGGCCAGUCCUAGCGGGGCUUUGGACAACUAUCUUGCCCCGGCACACUAA